CAGCAGGACGGGGACCAACUUCACGACUGCCAGAGAAAUAACUUCGAAUCUGAGAAGCAAGCUCUGUUCCAGAUGAGAAGUAACGCCAGAAUCAAAUUAAUAAAGUUGUGGCAGGAAGCAUUUGUGAUGCAGUACAAACCGCAGGGAUCAUUGAAAGUUUGCAGCCGUGGCAUACAUUUUGAUAUAAAACGACAUGGCUCACAAACAGCUGCAGUUGUUUAUUGCUAUAACUCUUCGGAGGCGAUUGAUUCUCAACUGUCCCAGAAUGAAGGUGAUCAUUUUAAUUAUUAUAUGUGUGUUUUGUGCAAUUCGCUACCAUGAGGCAACAAAAGUGUCCAACGUCUGCUCCAACUGCCCCGCUAAUUUAUGCGGGGGUUUUGGCUAUGAAAUUCUCAUUGCUAAACUGGAAGCUCUCGAAGUCAAAUUGGAUGAAAGAUGUAAUACUCACAAGGAGAUGAUGCUGAUGCAGACCAGAUUAGAACGAGCUGUAGUUCAUCAUUCACGCACCGUGCUGCAUCAUUCUGCAUCGAUUUUGCAACAACACCCAAGCUGUGGCAGUUUUGCAUGCAAAUCUUGCUCCGAAGUUCCUUCACAUGUAUCAGGAAGGUACAAAAUACAUCCAUUGGGUUUUGAUGAACCUUUGGAGGUGUAUUGCGAACAGAAAGUAUUUGACGGAGGCUGGAUUGUUGUGCAGCAACGACUUGAUGGAUCAGUGAACUUCCACCGGAACUGGACUGACUACCAGAACGGAUUCGGAAAUCUUGGUGGAGAGUUCUGGAUAGGGCUGGAGAAACUGCAUCGUCUCACAAAAGGCGGUGGCCAACAGCUUCUUGUGGAGCUGAAAGAUUUCAAUGGAAGCUAUAAAUUUGCUCGAUACGAUGAGUUUGAGAUUGGGGCUGAAUGUCAGAAAUAUGAAUUGAAGAAGCUGGGAAGAUACAAUGGAACCGCUGGCGAUGCAUUGAGGUAUCACGAAGGCAGAAAAUUUUCAACUGAAGAUAAUUAUAGCGAUGAUGCAUCCAGAAGGUGCGCUCAAUUGUUUAAGAGUGCAUGGUGGUACAAGGAGUGUUAUUACAGCGACCUCAAUGGAUUAUACAAGAGCAAAUCAGAUAAUACGAGUGGCCUCAACUGGAUUACUUUCGAUAAAACUCUUCAUGCAUUAGCAUAUUCUCGAAUGAUGAUUCGUAAAACUUCAAGUAAACCCAGCAGUAGAUAGCCGUAGGAGAGAAUGAUUCAGAUUGUUUGCCUAGCACACUAUCAAAUUGCAUUCACUAACUGUUGCAACUGUUGCUGUUUAUCAUUGAAAAAACUAGAAAUUAUAUGAUGUAUAAAAAGA